AAACUCGGCCGCCAUUACAUCUCGCUCAGCUGCUGAGUCUUUGGUAGCAAGCAAUUGUGGUGUGAAAUUUUUGCCGGUGCAUUUUACGUAUUCAAUUAUCAUGGCUGCAAAAAGAAUCGCUCAAUCUGCCAUUAAUUGGUCCGCGAUGGCUGAAAAAGUCAGCGAAAGCCAACGACCCAUGUUCAACGCUUUCAAACUCAAGUCUGACCAAUAUCUGAGGAGAGUUAUGGCCAACCCAGAGAAUCCACCUGCAAUUGACUGGGCUUAUUACCAGACUCGAGUGGCAGUGCCGGGCUUGGUUGAAUCAUUCAAGAAACAAUAUGAAGGUCUGCAGGUCCCAUACCCUGCGGACAAAGUUUCUGCACAGGUUGAUGCCCAAGAAAAGGAAAUGCAAGUUUCCAUCAAGGAAUUUGUUGCCGCGUCUAACCGCCGUGUUAUGGAUGCUGAGGCUGAGCUGAAGACAUGGGCUUCAGUUCUUCCCUUCAGUCAGAUGACUAUGGAAGAUUACGCUGAAGCUUUCCCAGACAAGGCAUGGAAUGCUGCCAAUCCUACCUUCUGGCCUCACGAUGAAGCUUCUCAGCAAGAACCUGUUAAGGCUGAACACUAGACAUUCAUGCUACUGUAAUUAGUUAAAGCUCUGGAAAGUGUAUUGAACGGACUGAAAAUAGAAUAAAAAAGUAUAAGAAA